UCUUACACGCCAUGUAGGCUAUCUGGAAACAACACUAACCAGAAACGCUGAAAGAAUGCUUUGCAAUGCAUCGAUCUUUUCAUCUUCAGUCUCUUCUUCCUGUAGGACUCCGAGUAUAUACGCUCCGUAAACAUCUUUAUCUACCUCAAGCGAGUCUAACCGAUCGUUCAGCCAGCUUUCAAACAUUUCAGCACCUGUUUCAGGCGCAGCCAUGUUGGUUUCCCGGGGUCCGACUGCCACUGGACCUGGACCAUAGCUGUCUGCACAAAGUGCCCGUAUUAUUUUCGACAAGGAGGCGAGUAACUUAGACUAACAGGAUGUUCCUGGUGGGGCUGACUGGAGGAAUAGCAUCAGGAAAGAGUACAGUGUCCUCUGCACUCCGGGACCUAGGCUGUCCCAUUAUCGACGCCGAUGUGGUGGCUAGGCAAGUGGUGGAGCCAAACAGCCCAGCGUACUGCAAGAUAGUGCAGCAUUUUGGCUCAGAGAUCCUCCUGGAGAACGGGGAGAUCGAUCGGCAGAAGCUGGGCCAGAUUGUCUUCUCCUGCACUGAGAAGCGCAAGCUGCUUAACUCCAUCACGCACCCUGAGAUCCACAAGGCCAUGCUCAGGCAGAUACUUUUCUACUUUUUCAGAGGGUACCGCUAUGUGGUCCUUGACGUGCCGCUUCUGUUCGAGACACGCCGACUCACUCGCUUCCUCAACCACACUGUGGUUGUGUACUGUGACCCUGCCACACAGCUCUCACGUUUGAUGCAGAGGGAUAGGAUUACCCAGGAACAGGCUGAGCAACGCAUUGCUUCCCAGAUGCCCCUGAACGAAAAACGUGGGCUGGCCAAUCAUGUCAUAGAGAAUUCAGGCAGCCGUGAGGACACCCACAGGCAGGUCCUCAGACUGCAUACUAAGUUGGAGGACUCGAUGGAAUUUCUACUAGUAAGAAGCCUGGCAGUUGCCACAGCAGCUGGGUUGGGUGGGCUACUUCUCUACACUGUGAAGCUUCUGAUGUUGUAGCACUGGUGUAUAAGUGUAUUUAACCAGAUGUCAUCAAAUGGAGGGCAGCCUGUAGCCUAGUGGCAAAGAUACAUGACUGGGACCCGGAAGGUUUGUGGUUCAAGCUCCAGUAUAGCCAUGAUAAGAUCUGCACAGCUGUUGGGCCCUUGAGCAAGGCUCUUAACCCUGCAUUGGUCCAGGGGGGAUUGUCCCCUGCUUAGUCUAAUCAACUGUCAGUCGCGGAUAAAUGUGUCAGCUAAAUAACAGUUUAUUACACGCUGAAAUGCACCUAGUGAAAAUAACAACACACUGAAAUGCACCUAGUGGAAAUCUUCAUUAUGAAACAAUUAUGUACAGAUUUCACUUUUUUGAUUUAUGUGGAUUUUUAUGGAAUGUUUUUAUUCAGUGUCCUUCUUACACUAUAUAAAUGUGAAUAUAAUAUGCUUAUUACUGUUAUCUGCCCACUGUCAAUGGGUUGAUUUUAUUUUAUUUUUUUAAACAAAGCACUGUGUGAGCAACGGAGAUGCAAUACAAAUAAUUUACAUAAGUGUUUGUUGUAACACUAUCAGAAGUCUGAAAAUGUCUCAAAAACAGAUCAAAGGGCUGUGUAAAACACCAAAAAAAAAAAAACUUUUUUUCAUGUUUUAACAAAUCAACAUGAGCACAUGCAGGACAUUUUCCAUACUAUCCACUUGUGGUUCUGAACAAAUGGUAUUUUCUCUUUGAACACUAGAUGGGAGUAGAACAUUGUUUAACAUGUGAUUUUGUUAAUUGUCUAACAGAGAGCCUAAAAUAAAAUUCACAUUGGACUGGUUUAUUGGGAAAA